GAGCGACCGACCGACCGACCGACGGGGUAAAUCCCAGAUGAGGGUGAAAGCCCCAUCCAGAGCUGUCCCGGAGAAGGCCAAGAGGAACAAGAGGCCCAACACGCCCCAGGAUGAAGACUCCUCCGAUGAUAUUGCAGGCUUAACUUGUCAACACGUAAGUCAAGCCGUGAACGUGCACCAUGUGAAGAGGGCGGUAGCUCAGAGUGUUUGGUCAGUUUGUUCGGAGUGUUUAAAAGAAAGAAGACUUUCCGAUGGGGAGCCGGUAACUCCUUCCGAUACUUGGUUAUGCCUCAAGUGUGGUUUUCAGGGCUGCAGCCAGAACUCAGAGAGCCAGCAUUCCCUGAAGCACUCCCGAACUGCACGCGCCGAGCCCCACUGUAUUGUCAUUAGUCUCAGCACGUGGAUUAUCUGGUGUUAUGAAUGUAAUGAAGAACUGUCCACCCAUUGUAAUAAGAAGGUUUUGGCUCAGAUAGUCGAUUUUCUCCAGAAGCAUGUUUCUAAGACAGAAGCAAGUUCACUGUCUAAAGUAAUAAGGCUUCGAGAAGAAAAAUGCGAAACGAGCGAAAUCUGGAAAGGAAAAUAUCAGGUCAACAAUGCGCCGCUUUCUGUGAAAGGAAUUAAUAAUUUGGGAAACACCUGCUUUUUCAAUGCAGUCAUGCAGAAUUUGGCCCAGACUCACAAGUUAAAUGAGCUGAUGUAUGAGAUAAAGGAAAAGGGCGCAAAGCUAAAAAUAUUUCAUUCUUCAGACACUGAAUCGGAUUCCUUGAUGGUGACCCUGUCGAGCCCCGGACCGCUGACUUCAGCUAUGUUUUUGUUUCUUCACAGCAUGAAGGAGGCUGGAAAAGGACCCCUUUCCCCUAAGGCUCUCUUUAGCCAGCUUUGUCAGAAGGCCCCCCGAUUUAAAGGAUUCCAGCAGCAGGACAGCCAGGAACUCCUCCACUACCUGCUGGAUGCUAUGAGAACGGAAGAAACCAAGAGAAUACAAGCCGGUAUCCUAAAAGCAUUCAACAACCCCACCACUAAAACUGCAGAUGAGGAAACCCGAAGAAAGGUCAAAGCAUAUGGAAGAGAGGGUGUGAAGAUGAACUUCAUAGAUAGGAUCUUUGUUGGUGAAUUGACUAGCACUGUCAUGUGUGAGGAAUGUGAAAAUAUAUCUACCAUGAAGGAACCUUUCCUUGAUCUUUCACUUCCGAUAAUAGAGGAAAGGGUCUCAAAGCCUGUGACUUGGGGAAGAAUGAGUAAAUGUAAGACUUUACAAGAGGCGGAGCUUGGUCAAUAUAGCUAUACUGCUGUGACUGCUGUCAAUCAUCAGCAACCAAAAGACCCCAGGAAAAACUCUCUGACGAAAGAUAAGAAUCAACUAAACCAGGAAAGAAGGCUCAGCAGAAUAUCUUCCUCCGGGGAGGAGAAAACUCCGGCCCUCCUGCACCCGAGAAGAGAGACCGGAGAAAUGAACGGCGGCGGCGGCGGCGGCCCCGCGGAACUGGCCCCCCAGGACGUCCAUCGGGCCGAGGCGGCGGCGAACGGGAGUCAGACCGACUGCAGCGAGAGGGAAGCCAGCCAUUCCGAGGGCAGCGUCGACGCCGACAGCGAGGCGUCCGAGUGGGAGAGCGUCCCCAAGGUGGCCGGCGGGCCGCACCCCCUCGGCGAGGGACGGCUCCGCGAUAGCCCGGUGGUCACCGCGGCCCUGGCCCAGCUCAGCCUCGGCGCCUUGGGACCCAGGGGGGCCGAGCGGGGAGGGGCCGGGGGGCGGCCCAGGGACCUGGCCAAGAACUGGCCGGUGGCGGUGGAGAAGGGGGCCCCGCCGCCCGGUCCCCUGCACGCUUUCCAGAGCCUCUCUCAGAGCUACACCCCCGCCUCCAAAGAAUGCUCCGUGCAGUCCUGCCUCUACCAGUUCACCUCCGUGGAGUUACUGAUGGGCAACAACAAGCUCCUGUGCGAAAACUGCACGGAGAAGACCCCGGCUGAGCACGCCAAGACCCGUUCCUCUGAAAAGAAACCAGAGGGAGUGUAUACCAAUGCCAGGAAACAACUGCUCAUUUCCGUGGUGCCGGCUGUCCUCAUUCUCCACCUUAAACGGUUCCAUCAGGCUGGCCUGAGUCUUCGGAAGGUGAACAGACAUGUGGAUUUCCCCCUGGUUUUGGAUCUAGCACCAUUCAGUUCCGUUGCCUGCAAGAAUGCUCCCGGCGGCGGAAAGGUUCUGUACACUCUGUAUGGGAUAGUGGAGCAUAGCGGUUCAAUGAGAGGGGGCCAUUAUACUGCUUACGUGAAGGUCCGAGGGCCACCGAAGACAUCGUUGGAGCACGUCGCAGGUAUUCAAAAUGUCCAAGGCCUAAAGGAAGCCAUGGGUGCCUGUGGCGGACAGUGGGUUUAUGUCAGCGACACCCAUGUGCAGAUGGUGCCGGAAUCCAGAGCGCUCAGUGCCCAGGCUUACCUGCUGUUCUACGAAAGGAUGCUGUGAAAGUGACCCCCACCCCACCCCUCCGGCCAUUACACCAAGGGUUUUUCUGAUAUCAGCGAUGGAGCAAGAGACAUAGAAAUCCUAAAUAGCGGGACUGACCCAGGCAGAUGGAGAUGGAGAGUGUCAUUUCCGAAGCUCUGAACUGUCAACGAGAUCGUCAAGUGGCUCAUGAUGUGCAUUUGCCCUUCCCUUGGCAUUCCCGUGGAGUCCAGGGUUGUUGGCUGUUAGCUGCAUGACCCAUUUCUUUGCCUAAACACUUGUUAAAAAGCAACAAUGGGGUUGAUUAUUUUUUAAAAAAUAUAUAUUUUAGGGUUUUUGUUAGGUACCUUGAUUCAGUUGGUUGGUGAUGACUUUCGCAGUAGGGAAAAGCAUGUGUCUAGACCACAUCACAAGCCUGUUAUAGUUUUAAAAGCACAUAUACUUUGAGUAUUGCCAAAAUUAAUUUGAUUCAUUCUUUUUAAUAAAUUGACGAGCAAGAGUUUACAGAGGUGCCCAAAGGAGAAGGCCACUGUAAAUAUGAUAAUUUCAAAUUGAUCUCAAGAAAUGAAACAAGUCAUCGGGAACAUCUCAGGUUCCCCCAUAUAGCUACUGUGGCUUUUGGAGCUCUGGUGUCAGAGUGGAUUUUGUAAACUGAGACAGAGAAGCCUCAGAAGCCAUGGUAUGAGACUUGUCCUGGGUGACUGACACAUGCUUAAUCAUUGAUGAUUUUCUCAAUUAAUGGGUCAGGGUACAAUUGGAGAGGACAGGCACUUCACUGGCUUUUUUCCUGUCAGAGAACCACAUCUCUGCCCAUUCCCCAGCUCUGGCCAUCUAAAAUAAAAGCUUUAAAUGGUUCUGAAUAUGUCCUCCUUAAGAACAGGGAAAUCAGAGGAGACCAACAGUGACUAAAGGGAAAGGAGAGACAAUGAAGUGUACACGUGGAGUACAGCAUUGUGAAUAUUGAGCAGUUUGGGCCAACUUGCCUCUUUUAGUAUAUAUCUUGAUCAUUUAACCUGGAGAUUCACUCUUCCAUUUGUUAACCAGCUAUGAAUUGUAGUCGACAUUAAGCCUCCCUUUCGGCAAUGACAACUGCCCCACUUUUUCUAAAGCUUGAUAUAAAUGCUUUUCUUUGCAUGAGAUUUAGUCAGAGCUAGACUUAAAUAAGACUCUGUGCAAUACAAAUCGAACCUCCAUCAGUAAAAAGAACUGUAUUUUUAGUCAGUUGGAAUGUGAACUGUCCCCCGCCGGUGGACGUGUUUGUAUUUAUAAUUCAGCAGAGAUGAAAAUAUUUUCUUUUUCAAAAAUAGAUUGGUUUUAACUUCCUAUCUUCCAUUGCACCUGUAAUAUAAAUAUUCUGCCGUAUUUUUAGAAGAAAAUCACGCACCCUGUUUAUAAUCAUUUUGAUGCCCUUGAUGAAAUGUAUGUAAAUUCCUAAUUAAAUA